GACAGGGUGAUAUAAAUGGGCGUUGACAUUUGCACAUACCGUGCCCGAAUAGGUACGUUCUCUGGCUCUAUUGGAGUUGGAGUCACACAUGAAGAAUGUCUGGUGAACUUAACAUUUGGACUGAAAACAGUGGGAGCUGUUAUUUUUAUCGGCAUGCUGCUGGUGAUGGGAGGUGUUGAACAGAACCCAGGACCUCCAAAGAAAGAACCAAGCGAACGGGGAAGCAGCACACAGCUGUCGAUGGUUGAACCGGAUCCCUUAGCAUCGAAUUCAGACAAUAUAGAAAGAGGCUCUGACUACUACGGCGAGAAAGAGUUAAACUCAGUCUUUAAACCAAUCUUUGACUUUUUUGGUCUAACCGGUCGUGUUGAUAAUCAAAUAUCUGUGAGCGAGGCACGUACAGUCGUCGAUGAUAAGUUACCAUUACAACCUACAGAAGCACCAAUGACGCUUUUAAGGGGAUUAAUGUCCAUGAAUUAUGAGACAAGGGAUGCUUACACAUUUCCUCUACCAGAUUCCCAGCCUCAAGUCCUACAUGCCCAAUGCAACAGUAGAAUCCGUUCAAGGAACAGAAUAGACGUUUCAAGUCCGAGAGAUCUAUUUAUGGCAAUGUUUUAUUGCUGUGAUCCAAUGCUGCAGAGCAUUCUUUUUGAAAAGUUAUUUAUGUGCAAAUGUGCUCUUCCAUUUUUUUACAAAGAUGUAUUUUCUAUGAAUUAUACUGUGGCACUUUGGCCUUUAAGAUCACUUUCCACCGUAAAAAUCAACAAAGGGUGUUAUACAAGUUGCUUUAUGAUUGAUGUUAAAACACAUGUUAUCAGUUUUGCCCGUCUCGGAAGACCUAAGUUAUCAAAGUCUACUGUUUUAAACAAUCUCAUUUUAUCCGAAAACACUUUUUACAAUGGUAAUUGUAAUGGUGGUAGGAGUAAACGAAAUAUCAGUGGUUUUUGUGAAAUGUUUUUCUCUCCAGCAUACGAAUCACGCGGUAGUUUAUUCCAUGACCCAACUCACUUCCUUAAUCUUCGGGGAGACCUAAUUUCUGACUAUUGUUCCAAGAUAUACUCGUUCAUUGAUACGAUAUCUGACUGCGUAGUUAUAGUAAUAGACAUUCAACAACUGGAACGUAACUAUGAUGAUUACAAAAAUGUGAUUACACACUUUUCCUCAGUCAUCCUUUUCUUUUCUGAUGACAUUUAUGAUGAUUCAACUACUGAUGGUUUGUUAGAUGGGAUAGAAAACGUAUUCGUAAACCGUGGAAGUAAGUUUUUGUCUUUUGAGUCAGGCAGUGAUGUAAGUAUACUUGAAAACACUAAGCAAUUUUCUGAAACCUUAUCAUCAUUCGUGAAACCAUAUGACUUGAAAUCGCUGGAGGAUAGAUUAAUGUUAUUAAGCAGCACUUCCAAUAUUUUCAAUGACAUAAUAACAACUGAUGAACGUAAAGACGGAUGUGGUGACGGAAAAAACCUGGCCGUUAGUGUUAUAAAAUCAAUUCAACUAGAAUUAAAGUAUUGGACAGAGAAAAAUGACGAGAAAUCAAAACAUUUAUUUCAUAACUGUAGAUUGGUUCUCACACCCUCGUCCUUUGUUCUUACAAAAAAAUAUCUAAAAGAUUAAAAAAGAUAAAAGAUUUAAAGCAGGAUAAACGUUCAACACAUUUUGACGAAAUAGAUCAACAGCAAGCGGCCAUUCGCAAAUAUAAACAUGAGCAAACUCGGAAUGUUUCGGAUAGCCUAAAGGCCUUUAUAGAAGCUAUUGAAAAAUGUCAAGAAUCGCAUAUACAUCUUGAAUACUUUCUUUCUUGGCUGAGCAUUUUGAUAGAAAGAGAAACCAGACCAUUCUUAGACGAACUGAAAUCAAAAAGAACGUUGAAAAUGUAUGAGUUUAUUGAAGCGAAAAGAAAAACAAAGAUCAGUGAACAAAAACAUGGUGAUUACGAACACGUUCUGGAGGUUCUUGAUGAAGAAAUAGAAACGACAUCGUUUACUGUUCAACAUUUCUUUAGGGAAAUAAGCCAAAUAUGCAACUCCAUCAUAGAAUUUGAUGUAGAUCGAUCAAUUGCGGGCGUGUCACUUGACGAAAUAACAAAAGUAUAUGCAAAUCUCAUAUCAAGAGGUGCCACGAUUGAACUUAUCGAUGGUGAUAACCCGUACAUGGCAUCCUACUGGAACCAGGCUGUGUUUGAAUAUAUUGAAAAACAUAAAAGUGUCGGGAAAUGUGUGAUUUUGAGUAUACUAGGCUUACAGGGCACUGGAAAAUCAACGAUGUUAAAUUGCAUGUUUGGUUUAAACUUCGAAACAGGUACGGGUCGUUGCACACGCGGAAUCAAUGGAAGACUUCUUAAGAUGGAAAUAUCUUCAAAUGAUAAUCACGGACAUGUUUUCGUUGUCGAUUCUGAAGGAUUACGUGCACCCGAAAGAUCUAUAACAGAUCAAAAUAAUUUCGACAAUGAACUGGCAACUUUCAUUACAGGAAUAGGCCAUGUAAGUUUAAUGAAUGUAUCAGGAGAAAAUCCAUCGGAGCUACAUAAUGUUUUAGGCGUAGUUGUUUAUGCCUUGAUUCGUUUGAAACAUGCUGAGAACGCUUUGCUCGAAGGACAAUCGUGUAUGUUUGUUCACCACGGUGUAGCUGACGUAACUGCACAUCAAAACAACCUGGACGCUCUAACAAAAGUGCUAGAUCAAGUAACAAAAGUAGCAGCUAAAUCAGAACACAUGUACUUUAAUGACGUAAUUAAAUUUAACGCAAUAUCACAGGUGUUUUAUACGCCCGAAUUUUUGCAAGGCAAUGUGCCAGCUACACGUAUUAAUCCUGAGUACAGUAAAAUUGUAUCAACCGUUCGGCAUCGCAUAAUUCAGUUACUUGUCGAACAGGGUAGAGGUCUUGAUAUGACAGAUAUCGGGAUUCGAACAGAAAAUGUAUGGGAUGGAGUUAAGUCAGAAAAUUUUAUAUUCUCUUUCCGCAAUGGCGUAGAAAUAAAAAUUUACCACGAUAUUAACAAUGCACUUAAUGAUAAACUCUGGAAUUUUGAAAAAGAAUUAAACUUUCACAUUUUACCACGGUAUCAACGUAAAUACCAAGGAUGUGUAACAAAAGACGACUUGUCUAUGAAGCAUAAACCCAUUUUUGAAAGUGCAAUGGAAAUAUGUGAGUCAAAAAGACAAGAAGUAGAAGGCAGUAUAGAAGAAUUAUUUGAGAAAGGUGAGGAUAGUAGAACUGCAGUUGAAUGGAAGUUCUCUGAAUUGCUUGUAGUAAAACAAAAAUUGCAAGACAUUAUGAACGCAGCUAAAAAUCGGUUAAAUUCAUAUUACACAAUUCAAUUUCUUUACAUCGAAACAUCCACCAUAACAGAAGAAAGAAAAAAACAGCUUGAAAUAAAAUCUCAAGAGGUUGCCGAAAAGUUAAUAGGAGAAUGCAGUGAAAAAGACAUUGAAGAUUCCUUCAAAACGCUUUGGGAAAAGUUUGAAGAGGACAUUCGUCAAAAGUUGACAGUAAUGAGACCUCGAAAUCUUGAUGAAAUGUUUAAAAGUAAAUUAUUACAAAUAUACAGCGAAGACACCAUGCAUAUCAAAAAUCACUUGAAAGCAUUUACGGCUAUAGAAUCUUUACACCAUGUAUUAAGAGAUAACCCUGAUGUAGAACCACUGGUACAAUACGUAGAAUCAUCAGUAAAAGGAUUCGAUGAAACAGAAGAAGUUUCAGAAAUAAUAGUCUAUGAUUUUAUUCGAAAAAUUAAAGCUAAAUGUUCAGAGGCAAAGACAAAGAAAGACAGAAAGUUGACAAAGAUGUUUUCAAUUAAUUUUGUUGUUGAAAGUAGUCGCUUUGCAUUGUACCAUUUUCGCGUUCACAAUAAAUUGUUCCAAAAAAAACAAGGAAUAGAUUCUUAUAUAAGACAAUAUCGAGAAAAAAUAUACUUAUCUUUUAAGGUUACAAUUGGAGGUAAACAAAAGGAAAAGCAAAUAUGUAAAUCGCUUUGUUCUACCAUUUUGUUUUUUCUAAAUAAAGCUAUCAAAAUGAAAAUUGAAAGGAUUGUUAAAACAACAAUAGAAGAAGAGCUUUGUGUGUCCAAAGCAAAUCUAUUACUUGAAAUAUGUACAUUUUUAGCAAAAGAGACGGAUGAACUCACUGCUUUUGAUAAUUUUAUAUCCUAUCUAAUGGCACCAGAUAGCUUUGGGAAAAAGUGGCUAAUAAUAAGAUGCGAGCAAAUACUGUUUCCAGAAGUACAAGACAAGAAGUCGUUUAAAGAAAUAAGCAAACGUACGAUUGAUAUUGUAUUUGGAUUUGUUAACGAGUCAUUAAAACGGUUGAAAAAUCAUUCCGAGGUGAAUAUAAGACUUCAAAAAGCCGUCGAUUUGUUUUCUCAAAUAAUUGAGAGUCUAGACAUUGACAGCACGGACAUAGAAAGCGUGUGUCAUUCGGAAAUGAAUGAGCUUGUGAAUGUCAAAGACUUGGCAAAUUACAUUGAGCCUGCGUUUGAUACUGAGAGAGAAAGCUUAAGAAAAACAUUUUGUUCAGUAACUGUCAACACGAUAGAAACGUUUAUCAAUCUACAAUAUGAUGCACUCUUUAAACAUCUGUGGGGUUGUUUUGAAAAAUGUCCGUUUUGCAAGGAACCUUGUUCUUUAAGAAACCAUUCUAUAGCUGCUAAACACCAAUGCAAACAGCAUCGGAUUCUUGGCUGUUUAGGGGUGAAAACCGAAUGGAAAACAUUCUAUCAAGCCCCUUGUGACUCGUCCAUUAACACUUAUACGGAAUGGUUUGACUGUCAAAUAGUAAACUAUGUAUGUAAAAACCACCAAAACCAUGGCAAUAGUCAAGAACGACAUUUGUUUCGAAAGUAUAAGACCUUUUUUCCUCAUUGGGAUAUCAUUCCGUCGUCUGAUGUGCGUGAAAGUUCAACCUAUUGGAAAUGGUUCAUGUACAGGUUUAGAGAAAGACUUUGUGAAUACUAUGGUUUCACUUCAGACGGCAUUCCAGAUAACUGGUCGUAUAUCUCAGCGCAUGAAGCAAUACAAAGCUUGCGUUUAUGCUAUAGUUGACCAAGAACGACUUUUAAUGUAUUCGUAGCCUUAAAUUACGUCGGCGUUCAAAAACACCCACUUUGCUCAGAAGUUGUGAUAGAACAAUAUGUCUGACACGUUAAAUCUACUGUUUAGCAAAUGAAAUAACGCUCCGAUGACGAUUUGAUUAUUUAUAUAUAUUUUGGCUUGAGCCGGUAUCCCCUAACAUGUAUUGAUAAAGAUGUUUCAAUGUAUAUAGUAACUGAACAUUAUCGGUCUUUGUUAAAAUAUGACGUUGUGUGUCUUGUCGAGUGUCUGCUAGGCCUUGAAUAGUGUGCAUUUAAAUAGUUGCUUCGUUAACAUUUCAAUUGGGGUUAUCUCUGUAGUUUCCAAGCUUUGUUUGAUCAAACGCCUUAACGAAAACUUAAUCAUAUUAUCUAAAAUUUCAUGAACUUUUACUAAAAUUUCUACUGAUGUACCAGCAUACAUCCGAGGUUGUUUUCGAUGCUGUGAGAACCUUUCCCAUACGGCGCCCGUUUGCUGGUCCAAAAGGCUACUGAGCUUGCCCCUGUAGAUUCAAAAUUGAAGAAAAGAUUUAAUUUCGAAUUCCAAAACACUUUUUACAUGUCUAUCUUUUCCCUGAAUACAACUUAAUUUGUAUAAUAAUGUCAUAAUUAUGAUAAGUCAUAUUAUACAAGUUCUUACCUAUUAGCAAUAGUUUAAAGGUGACGGCCUUGGUCAAUAAUUAAUUUGCGGUCCAUAUCAACAACAUAUAUUUUUUUAGCUAACAAGUAAAUAACUGUUUUAAAUUGGGAUAUCAUUUUGGUAGUUUCCCCUUAUAAGAGAAAAGGCGCGUGAUUUGUUGACGUGUUUCUUUAAAUAAUAUAAGAAUUAAAUUGUUAGAAAUUGCCAAUACCAUCAAUCCAGUUUUGUUAAACAUGUCUGAUAAAGAUAAGCUGUUGUCAUGACUUUGUACAAACAUCUGCAACAAUUCUUAUUUAUGUAAGUAAUGUUUGUUUUGUUACUUUUCAAUGUCUUGCUAAUUUACGUAAGGCUAGAAAUGAAUGCUAAUCAACUCGACUCCGGUUUCUCAGCUAUCUGACAGAGGUGAUAACCGCGAUCUGAACUGCGCGUAUUUUUUUAAGUAUUGUUAUUUCCUUGUCUCAGUCUUUUUAUACGAAGGCUAGGAUUCGUUUCUAGUUUCUUACUAUGUGUAUGUAUAUAUGUACAU